ACCUCCCCUUUAACGGCGGCAACUCCGCGCUCGCUCCGCUGACCCCACGGCGGCUGCCGCUGCUAACUGCAGCUCCCGCAGCCCUCGCCGCCGCCGGCCUCGGGCAGCUGCAUCCCCGCCCGGGCUGGGUCCCCGCCCCGCCCCGCCAUGGUGUCCUGGAUCAUCUCUCGCCUGGUGGUGCUCGUCUUCGGCACCCUGUACCCAGCCUAUUCCUCCUACAAGGCCGUGAAGACCAAAAACGUGAAGGAAUAUGUCAAGUGGAUGAUGUACUGGAUCGUCUUUGCCUUCUUCACCACAGCUGAGACACUCACGGAUAUAAUACUGUCCUGGUUCCCCUUCUACUUCGAGCUCAAGAUUGCUUUCGUGAUAUGGCUGUUGUCCCCUUACACCAAGGGCUCCAGCGUUCUCUACCGCAAGUUUGUGCAUCCUACACUGUCCAACAAGGAAAAGGAGAUCGACGAAUACAUCACACAAGCCCGAGACAAGAGCUAUGAGACCAUGAUGAGGGUGGGCAAGAGGGGCCUGAACCUGGCUGCCAACGCUGCAGUCACAGCUGCUGCCAAGGGCCAGGGCGUGCUGUCCGAAAAGCUGCGGAGCUUCAGCAUGCAGGACCUGACCCUCAUCCGAGAUGAGGACGCAUUACCACUGCAGGGGGCCGACGGCCGCCUCCGACCCGGCCCCGGGGGCCUCCUGGACACUAUCGAGGACUUAGAUGACCCUGGCCUGAGUGUAAGGUGUAGCACAAGCCAGGCAGAUCCCCGGACAGAGACCUCAGAAGAUGACCUGGGAGACAAGGCGCCCAAGAGGACCAAAUCUAUCAAAAAAGUGCCCAAAGCUGAGCCAGUGGCUCCCAAGACGCUGAAGACCCGACCCAAGAAGAAGAGUUCUGGAGGGGGCGACUCGGCUUGAAGUCCUCACCUGCCCCCACCCCUGCAGCUGUAGGGCGAUAGCAUUGGAGGCAGCUCCACCGCGGGCCACUGGCCCACGUGUUUCAGACCCGAGACCCCCCACUCCCCGCGGACUCUUCCUGCAGAGGAGGGGGGGCGCAGCUGCAGGGAAGCCAGCGGCUCAGCCCUUGAGGAGGUGGGGGCUCUUGGGCCAGCACUGCUCUUCUCGCCGCUCCAGCCCCGCCCCGCCCCGCCCCGCCCAUCCAGUGCCUUGCUGAAGACCAUGGCCAUCCCCCCCCUCUGGGGCCUGACAUCCCCUCCUCUGGGGCCUGACAUCCCCUCCUCUGGGGCCUGACAUGCAGCCACAGCUCUGACUUGAACAGGGGUAGCGGCCACAGUCCAGACAGGCCAAGGAGGGGAACAAGUGGGGUAGGUCUGAGGAGGGAGGGUGUUAUUCAGGCCCAGCUGGGAGUGGAGGAAGGCACGGGCUGUAUGUGAGCAACAUGGCCCUGCCACCAGAAAGAGGUGGGAUCCCAAGGGAUACAUGCUGGGGAGGAUGGGUGACGGUGGUCCCUUCCUCCCUACUUCGGCCCUGGUCUCUCUCCCUCUUUACCCACCCCUGUUGGUCCCCGAACCUCAGAGGAUCCAGGCCCUCGACAGAAGGACGCUCCAAGGGGCCUCCCCACCGCUGGCUCCAUCCUUGAUCUAGUUUACGCAUCCGCGCCCCUAGGCUGGGCUCCGCCACUGUCGAGGUCCUGCCAAGCUGGCCCCUUCCUCUCCUGUCAAAGGGGACCUAACUAGUCACUGGGUCCCCUUCCUGUGCCAAGCAAACCCCUCCCUGCCAGAGCCAACCCGGACCCCACCCCUGGGCCCUGGUUCUGCCAGCUUCAUCUAGGGCCAAGCAGAAUCUGGGAAGAAGGAAGAGAAAGGAGGAGCCGAGAGGCUCCCGAGUCUGUGGUGCCCACUGGAUGAGCCAAUAAACGAAACUCUGUCACCUCCUUCA